CAAGCAUAAUUUAAACUUUUUUCCUCAUAUUUUAUUAUUUAGUAUGACCUAAUAAUGUGUGCAAAUCGUCUGUGAAAAUUUUCCUGACUUUAGUACUCUACCUUACUAGUACCCAAUUUUUAACACCACGAAGUACAGAUGCAAUAAAUCAAUUCUUCUUACAGUGACGUCUACUUCGGAUUGUGUGAAGAAUUCAAUUAAACACAAGAUCCAUCACACUGCACUGUAUUUCCUCAUUGAAUAAAUAACGAAAAUAACGAAUGUGUUGCAGCGAAGGGUAUAUUGUGUCGCUCCAAGCUGCUGUUUCAUAUGUGAGCUAUAGAUGGCAGUAUACUGGUUACCAGUGUGCUGGUUAGAGCACUUGUUUGGAGGGAAAAAGCGUAGAAUAAGAAGAGAAGGAAGUGUUUGCUACAUUCACGUGUGUAGCUAAUUCUGCCUGCAAGAUAUUUAGUGCUGUAUGUUGCCGUUGAAAACAAAUGGUCAACUGAAUACUGUACAGCCAUCCUCACGCACAGUUAUUCAGCCGCCAUUACAGUAUGUGUUUUUUUUCUUUAAACUUUAAAAUGUAUGUAGCUGUGUCCGGCAAGGGACACAAUAUGUCAAAACAACUUCAAAACGUUGAACUCAAUCAAGAGUUACAACUAACUACUUUAAGUAGCAUUAUGCUAACCGGCAAAAAGCACAGCGCUUGUUAAAGGGUUAUGGUUGAAAAACAGUGUACAGGCAGCUGAGACUCCGCCUGUGCAGAUUUGUAAACAUACUGUUCCAUUGUGACAGUACAUCCACAUUAUUGCAGGAUUAGUUUGUUUUUUUAUCCGGCAUCUGACACGUCGUCGUCACAAGUCACAAUGCUAUCUUGUCCAUGUAAAAACAACGCACGAUGAUGUGAAUUAACCUCUUAGUAUGACUCGGAUGGUUAUGAAGGAUCACUAUCGCUUUUUGGUGCUGUUCUUCAACUGUCUGUUGUCGUUUGGCCCCUACUACUGCUUUGACAUCCCCGGCGUCCUGCAGGCUCAGUUUCAAGGGAACCUGACAUGUUCCAAUACAACAGUGAUCAAUGGAACAGUGGAUUGUGUGGUGGGCCUGGGGAUGACCCCCCAGCAGUUCAAUCUUCUCUAUGCUGUUUGCGCAUGGACGAAUGCAGUUGUGGUCAUCCUAGCUGGAUUUCUGAUUGACAAAUUGGGAAAUCGCUUCGGAGUGUUGCUGUUCUCCUCCUUGUGUGUUUUGGGUUCCACUUUAUUCGCCCUGGGUUCCCACUUCAGAGGAAGUCCUUACCUUCUGCCACUCAUGCUCACAGGCCGAUUUGUGUUCGGAUCAGGCAACGGAUCUCUGAGCAUUGUUCAGAACUGCAUCACCGCCAUCUGGUUCAAAGGGAAGGAAUUGGCCUUUGCGUUUGGGCUGACUUUAGCAUUGGCUCGCUUGGGGUCAGUCCUCAACUUCUUCUUGACGCAAGGGUUUGAAGAAAGACUUGGAAUGCAGUGGACCCUCUGGGGUGGUGCCAUAUUGUGUGUGUUGAGCUUUGCGGCUGCCAUCAUCGUCAGCAUUCUGGACAAGGCGGGGAUGAAGCAGCUGGGUCUGGAUGAGGCGAUCCAGGAGGACUCCCGCAAAGUGAGAAUCCAGGAUGUGAAACUGCUGCCGUUGAGAUACUGGCUGCUGGUCCUCACCACCAUGUUCUUUUACAACGGAAUCUACCCCUUUAUUGCUGAUGCUAGUAAGUUCAUUCAGGAUAAAUACACCGACUACACUCAGGAGGAGGCGGCCUACAUUGCAGGGGCCGUUUACGACAGCUCACUGGUCCUCUCUGCCAUCGUCGGCAUUCUCAUAGAUCACUUGGGGAAGCGAGGGAUUUUUGCCAUGUCCUGUGCCAUCCUCGGUCUUCCCGUGUUUGGACUCCUAGCCUUCACCUUCAUCCCUCCUCUUGUCUGCACCAUUUGGCUUGGAAUCAUUUACCCCUGUGUUUCUGUGAGCCUGUGGACAUGUAUCCCUCUUGUUGUGCCUCAAGCAACCAUCGGCACAGCCUGGGGCCUCGCUAGCUCCAUUCACAUGUUUGGGGUUGGCGUCUGCAAUCUUGUUGUUGGGCAGAUUUUGGGCACUAAGUCCGGUGACACGAAGAUUCCGCUGUGGCGGUGGCAGAGGAUGAUGAUCUUCAUGUUGGCCAACUUCAUCUGCUGCAUCGUGACCUCAGUGCUGCUCAACAUUGUUGAUCACAGACAGGGUGGGCUGUUGAACACGGUGACCAAAAAAUCAAGACAGUCUGACAGAGAACCACUCACACAAAGAGAGGAGGAGGAGGAUGAAGCACUCCCAUCUUUCCCCAUCAACUCAUGACUUUUCCAAGUUUGAACUCGUUGCUCUACCAUCCUUUGCAAAUAUAAAGGAUGAAUAUGUGCAGUAUAAAAAAGUCACAAAAAUGAAGGGAUUUUAAUAGUUAAUAUGUUUUUGGAAAUAAUGUAUUUUGUGGAAAUAUGAGGCACUAAUAAUAAUGAUUAUCAUGGCGUGUGUAUCAUCGUGUGUAUCAUGUGUGUAUCAUGUGUGUUUGAGUAUUGUAUAUUAUAUGUAUUUCACUAGAAUCAGGCGGAGUGAUGACAUGUUACAGAUAGGCCUCUCUACAGUCCAAAAUGUUUUAUUUUUAAUUUUUACAAGUGAAAAUGAGUAUAAAUUGUCAUUCGGCACACACACACACAGAAGCAGCCUCAGAGAUGUGAUUUACAAUUUACUGUCAUGUUGUUACUUUAGGCUGUAGCAAGGGUGUCCAAACACAAAAAUCAAAUGCUACAGGGGCCACUUUUAAACCAACCCAUGUAGAUAUGCAGAGAAGUAUUUUAUAUUUAAAAAAAUAUAUAUCAUAUUAAAAAAUGGUUAUUGUUGCCUGAAAACAAAUAUAACUUA